UUUCAAAUAGGAAAAUUUAGGGCUGGAGAGGGAUGGAGGACUUGGAGCUCUUGGAGCCGGUGUUUGGCGUCGCCAGUGGCAAGGUAGAGGGUCGGGAAUCCUCCGCCUUCCUCCCUCUCGCCUUUCGGCUGCGCGCGCGGGACGCUCGCACUCUCGACUUCGUCGUCUCGGAUUUCCACGACAAUACCUGGGAGGCCACUCGAAGCAUCCAGCAGCUGGAAGACCUGCGAGACGAGGUUGGGAUCGGUGGAGCGUGGAGUGAAUUCGUGAGCUACAUCGGUGCCGCGUUCUCGUCCGGAAAUGUGACUCUGGUUUUGGGAGGUCCCGCGUCCGCGCUUGCUGGUCGUGGGGCGACUUCUGGGAGAAUCGUGGCUUUGAAAGCUAAAGGAAUGCCUCGUGUCUCAAUUGGACUCGUGAGAGCCACCGAUGCCAGCGAUCGCAUGGCGGAUGUUGCCGUCGACGCUUGCAGCAGCUGGCGGAGCUUGCUCAAAUCUCUAGCAAAUGAGAAGGCCGAGGCUGCAAGGUGCCGGAUGGAACUAGAGGCUGAAAAGCUGAAAACGUCGAUGCUGGAGGAGAAGCUUGAUGAGAUGAACCCCGGCGGAAAGAAGAAAAAGGCUAACUCCAAGGAACUCGCCAUGGCCUCGCAGUCUAGCUCUGGAACAAAUCAAGCUACUGGAGGCGAGGUAGAACGCACUAAAGCCAAGACAAAACGCAAGGUUGCACCCAUAUCUUCCAGAUCAAAACGGAAAGGAGCAAAGCUAGAAGACGAUGACUGACCGUUAUCCUCAACUUGUAAGUAUGUUUCUCCACAUUUUCUAUCGGAAUAUUUCUCUUCAGCGAUUC